AUGGGCAUUUGCUGUUCUGGGGGUUAGAAUCGUCAGAAAUAGAAAGGUGAACAAAAAAUACAGACUAUAAACAAUUUAUAUUAAGAAUAGCCAAAAUAAGAUGAAUUUUAAGAAUUAAGUGGAGAAAUUUAGGAAAUUUUAGAAAUGUACUUGAAACAUGAAAAGAAUUCUCCUUAACAAAAGUCAUUAAGUGAAUCAAAUCACUUAAAACACAGUCUUGAAAUGCCUAAUACUCCUUAUUUUAAGAACAAUGCAAAUUCAGAGGAUUAAUUUCAUUUUCUUAGAUAAACUAAAUAAUUAGAAGAAAUUAGCAUAGUAAAUUAAACUUAAGAUUUAGGAAGCACUUGCCACAUAAAAGCAGUGAUUAUUUACCAGCUCUUUAAGAAAUUAAUCAGGAAAAAUCAUAGAAACAAAAUUUGAUCAAAAAUAACAAAUUUUAAAGCAAAUGUCCUAUAUGUUG